AUGGCAGAUGCAAGAAGAUUUUUGUUUAUGCCUGUUAGAAUGCUUAUCAUCCUUAGAAUAUCAAGAUUAGGAGAAAUGUAUUCUCAUGAUGCCGUUCUAAGAUUUAAUUCUGCUCCAACACGUGGCUAUGAAAAAGAUGUUGGAAAUAAAACAACCAUGCGAAUCAUUAACUCUCAGAUUCUCACCAACCCAAAUCAUCACUUUAUUGACAGCUCCUUGUACAAAGAUGUUAUCUUAGUAGCCUGGGAUCCUGCCCCCUACUCUGCAAAUCUGAAUGUGUGGUAUAAGAAGCCAGACUACAAUCUGUUCACUCCCUAUGUACAGCACCGCAGGAAGAAUCCAAACCAGCCAUUUUACAUUCUCCAUCCAAAGUUUAUAUGGCAGCUGUGGGACAUCAUUCAGGAGAACACUAAAGAGAAGAUACAGCCCAACCCUCCUUCUUCAGGUUUUAUUG